AUGGAUUUAGUAUCAAAAGAUCUUAAACAAAUUUUAUUAUCAAUACCAAUUUUAAAACCAAUUUGUUUAGAUUCAAAAAGCAAUGAAAUUGGAUUUUGUAAAGAAUAUUAUUUAGGAAUUUAUAAAAUUGAAAAUGAAACUUUAAAAGAAUAUGAUUCAAUUAAUAAAAAUUUAAAAACUGGUUUUGAGUCCUAUGAAUGGGAAAAUGGGCCAUUAUAUGAAAAGUUAAUAUCCAUUUUAAUUCAAGUUAUAAUAUUAUAUAUAGCAAUAGUAUCUUUAAUAGUUUUCGAAUAUGGAAAUAAAAGAAUUAAAAAAUCCAAUAACCCAUACACUUUUAGAAAUUAA